AUGUCUACAGCAGCAAAGAAGAAGCUUGUAGUUUGCGGCGGCAAUGGAUUUCUCGGAAGUCGUAUCUGUCGCGCAGCCGCUCACCGCGGCUGGUCUGUAACCUCAAUCUCGCGCUCCGGCACACCGCAUUGGUCCUCGGUCACGUCCUCGCCAAACCCGCCCGAAUGGUCUGAGUCUGUGUCAUGGCAGAAAGGCGACGUCCUCGAUCCCUCCAGCUACACACAGCAUCUCGAAGGCGCAUCAGCUGUGAUUCACACCAUGGGCAUACUGCUCGAAGCAGACUACAAGGGCGUCGUGAGCGGGCGGGAAUCGCCGAUCGCGGGGCUGAAGAGGGCGUUUAGUUCGACAAAACAAGGCACGCAGGAUCCGUUGAGUGUGAAGGAGGGUGAGGCGUUGAGGCCGAUGGAGAGGGAUGGGCAGUUGACGUAUGAGGUUAUGAAUAGAGAUACUGCGGUCUCGAUUGCGCAAGAAUCCUCAAAGAGGAAAGUCCCCACAUUCCUCUAUAUCUCUGCUGCGGCGGGCACACCUAUCCUCCCGGCGCGAUACAUCACGACGAAACGCGAGGCGGAAUCGAUCAUCAGCUCGACGUUUCCGAAUAUGCGCUCGAUAUUCAUCCGCGCCCCGUUCCUGUACGAUUCAUCGAGGACAUUCACGUUGCCGAUUGCAGCGGCGGGCGGGGUUGCGAGUAUGAUCAAUAGUGCUGUUGGAGGAAGGCUGACGUGGUUGAUGGGCGCAGGGGGUAUCAAGCCUUUAAAAGCGGAUUUGGUUGGCGAGGCAGUUGUCGAGGCGCUGGAAGAUGAGGAAGUCAGGGGCCCGGUGGAAGUCCCUGAGAUUGAGCGGUUAGGGACUAGAGCGUGGAGGAAAAAUAUGCUUUAA